CGCAGUGCGGCCUCUCCCCGCCAGCGAUCUGCGCGCUCCCCGCGGCCGUACGGCGCAGUAGGCCCAAUCACAGUAGCAGACGUGUCGAACGCAAGUCAACAACAAGUGUCCAUGGUGGAAGUUAAGAAUAUAAUUGAAAGUUGAUAAUGUCGAAGCGUGGCCCUGGAGAUUUACCGAGAUCUACUCAAUACCGGCUGAAGACUAGGGCCUAUGAGUCAGCAAAUUUAAACCAACACGAUAUCUCAAGCAAUUCCUCUGAAUCGGAAGACGAUGCUGAAGCAAAUCAGCACGAUGACAAUGGCUCAGGAAAUGACAGUGAUGCUAACACAGUUUCAGAAGAAAACAAUGAAAAUGGAGAUCCAGAUGAGAAUAACGAUGUAGAUAUGGAAGAAAAUAGUAAUGAUGAUGCCAGUGUGGCAGAAAGUAUUGAUGAUCAAGCAGACACAGAUGAAAAUGAUGCUGAAAAUGAAUCUAAUCGAGGUGGAUCAGAGGCCGAAGCUAGUGAUGGUCAAGAAAUAGAAAACGAAGAUGAGCAAGAUAAUAAUCCUGAACAAGAUGAAGAGGCGGAUAAUUUUCUCCAGCAAGCAGAUGUUAACGCAGACUCAAGUGAACAAUCAGACAGUGAUACCGACUCGGAACCUAGUAGCAGUGGAAGCAGCACUGAAGACACAUCUGAGAGUGAUGGUGACGAUGAUGAAGAAGAGCAAGAAAGAUUAGAUGGAGAUGUGCCUUUGUAUGAAAACGCUCGCUUGUCAGUCAUUGAAUCUGUUAUACUAAUCCUCACUUUAGCUUUACGGUUUAGUUUAACUGGUGAAUGCAUUACCAGUUUUCUUGAAACAAUUGAGUUACACUGUCCUAUUCCUAAUCUAUGCAUUACUACUUUGUAUAGAUUCAAGAGUUUCUUCAAAGAGAUUGGUCGAGAGACUCUCAUUCUUCAUUACUUUUGUGAAUGUUGUUUUUCAGAAUUAGCUGGGAAGGACAGUGUUUGUGAAAAUUGCCAGGAAAAUACUGAAGUGGCUUUCUUUAUAGAGAUUCCUAUAAUAAGACAGCUACAGAGAUUGUUCCUACGCCCAGGUUUUGUAGAAAAGCUACUGUUUAGAUUUCAGAGAGUAAAAAAACAUGAAGAUAAUAUUGAAGACAUUUACGAUGGUAAUUUAUAUAAGGAGCAAACUGCAAACAAUGGAAUUCUCAGUGGAAGGCACAAUAUAUCCUUAACCUGGUACUCAGAUGGUAUUCAGAUUUUCAAGUCAGUCAAAUAUGCAGUGUGGCCAUUGUUUUUUGUAAUUAAUGAGCUCAGCUACAAGGAAAGAACUUUGAAAGAGAAUAUUAUUCUGAGUGGUCUUUGGUUUGGGAAAUCAAAGCCAAAACCAAAUCUAUUUUUAAGACCAUUUCGUGCAACGUUUGAAACAUUCAAAAAUCAAGGUUUUAAUUUUAAUGUCCCGGCAGGACCACAGAUCAAUGUCAAGGGAAUUUUAAUAUGCGGCACAUGUGAUCUUCAAGCCAAAGGUAUUUUUCUUAGAACAAAAUUGUACAAUGGUUUUUAUGGCUGCAAUAGAUGCCGUUCAGCUGGAGUGAGAGUGCCUGCUGGUAGAACCACAGUUCAUGCCCACCCAUAUGUGCCUCCAGAAAACAUUGAACAUCGGAACAUAGGUGAGGUUUUGAACUCUGUUCGCAUUGCUCAUCAGACUGGCAAUGCUCAUUUAGGUUACAAGGGUCUUUCCCUCCUGUAUUAUAUGAUGGUAAAUAUGCUCAGAGGAUGUUCAAUCGACAUUAUGCAUUUGGUAUUCCUUGGAACUUGUAAGCUUCUAACAAAGUUGUGGUUUGAUGUUAAAUUUGCUGCUGAGCCAUAUUCUUGCUACCGGUUGAUUGCUACUGUAAAUGCUAGACUUUUAAAGAUUUGCCCUCCUAGCUUUGUUCAGCGAAUGACAAGAACCUUAGAAGAGCUAAAGCUUUGGAAAGCCAAAGACUAUAAAUUAUGGUUUUUCUACUAUUCACUUGCUGUUUUAGAUGGUAUUCUAGAUAAUGUGUAUUUGGUUCACCAUAUGAAACUUGUGUCUGCCAUAUCAUUGUUGUGUCAGGAAAGUAUUUCUCCUGAUCAGUUAGACAGAGCUGAAGUAAUGCUGCAUGAGUAUGUUCGCCAAUUUGAGAGGCUUUACACUAUGAGGUUCAUGGGAAUGAAUGUUCAUCUACUGCUCCAUUUAGUUGAUGUUGUGAGAGAUUUGGGGCCCCUGUGGGUGUACUCAUGUUUUUUCUUUGAAGAUCUUAACGGCCAACUGGUUAAGCUUAUCCACAGUCCUCACCAACCUGGACUUCAAAUCUGCUCUAGUGCCUCUAUGUUUAUGAGUUUUAAGUUGCAAGUUGAGAAACUUCAUCCUGAUUCCCUUGCAAAAAGGUUUUGCUUGAAAAUACAGGAGUCCACAUGCAAACUAAAAACUAUUGAAGAAAUUAAUGCAAAAAUGUUUGUGGUUGGUCACAAUACUGUGAGGCUAAAUGUACCCAAUCACAUCAUUGAUUUAAUUAUGAAUCAACAACAAGGAAUUAUUGGUGGUCAUUUUCAAUCUUUUGCCAAAUUAAGGAAAAGUGGUGUUGUAUUUUGUUGUGCUAAUAGACCUACAAGAAAGAAACGCUGCUCACAUUUUGCUUGUUUUAAUGUUGACAAUGUACCAAUAUUGGGUAAAAUCAAACACUUUGUAAGAUGGUCAAAUUGUAAUUGUAACGUGAUUUGUAUUUGUCAGCCAGCGAGAUUCUUUUGUAUUGUACAAGUUUAUGACCGUGUUCAGUGGUAUGCUCAUGGUGUACCUCGUGUAAGUAUUUUUCACUUAUCUGCUGUAGUACCAUCAGACAGGGAGCUAGUCUUGAACUGUGACCAGAUUCUGAGUGUAUGCUUCUACAUAGAAUUAGAUAAUGCAAUGUACCUAGGUACUCCUGUGAACAGACUAGAGUAUGAAUAA